AUGGCAGAAGCAACGAAACCCAGAGAUGUCAAAGGCCUAAACCAAAAUGGCUCGCUCAACGACGAAGAAACUGGCGGAUCGCACUCUGAGGCACCACUUGAGGUCCACGGAGACGAAGACAUCGUGGCGCGGAUGAACAACCUCGAUCCUCCCGUGAUACCAGAGGAAGAGAGGCGCGUACGGAGGAAAAUCGACAUGCGCCUGCCCCUCUUCCUGCUCAUCCUCUACAUGUUCACCUGGCUAGACCGCGGCGCGCUGGGGAAUGCGGCGCUAAUGGGGAUCAAGGAAGAUCUCGGGUUCACGAGUAGAGACUUUUCUCUCGCCGUGAGCAUGUUCUUCGUCGGGACGGCGAUUUCUGACCUGUUUACGAAUAUUGGGAUGAGGUAUAUCCGGCCUUCGGUCUACCUUGCUACGGCCAUGAUCAUCUGGGGUAUCUUUGCGACGCUGCAAGCUGUUGCUGGCGGUCCCAGCGGGAUGUUCGCGAUCCGGUUCUUCCUCGGCAUCUUUGAGGCGGCCUUCAUAUCCGGAGCGCCAUACCUAACGACAGUCCUCUAUCCCAGAGCCGAAUGGGGCCGCCGCAUAAGCGUCUACCUCUCAGCAACGCCCCUCGCAGGCGCCUUUGGCGGCUGGGUAGCCUAUGGCGUCUCCAAUAUCUCCAACCCACUCAUAAAGCACUGGCAAGCCCUCUUCAUCAUCGAAGGCCUCGUCACGAUCCUCUUCGGCGUAGCCUGCAUCUGGGUCCUGCCCGACCGCCCGCACAACACGCGCUGGCUCACCCCGCGCGAGCGCGACGUCGCCACCUGGCGGAUGAUGCGCGACGGCAACCGCACGCACGGCAAAGUCCACUGGCGCACGACGGCGGCACAGCUUAUGGGGGACUGGCGGCUGUGGCUGAAUAUCGCGAUUUACAUGGGUCAGGUGCUGCAGACGUACACGAUUGCGACGUUUACGCCGAUUAUUGUGGCAACGUUUGGGGAAAAUAGGAGGCGAGACAGGGAGUUCGGGAAGCCGCCUCGGGACGUGGUGAUUGACUACGACGAGGAUGGUCAGAUGGAGCAUCAUCCUUACUGGAGAUUCUAUCAUUAG